GUUGUUGUUGCCGGAAGUGGUGUGUAACCUGAUGCCGGUGAUCUGAGGCAAAGUCCGUCAGAGAAUCGUUAAACUAACGGAAAAUAAAGAGAUUUAAAGUAUGUCAGUGACAUUAAACUGACACAGCAGUUUUAUAGAAGUUACAUUUUUGACUAAGAAACUGUUUUAACAGAUUUAAAGCCACAUUUCACGUUAAAGACGACUGAAGUUUAUCGCUAACGUUAGCUAACGCUGUUGUCUGAGUAGCUACCGAAGCUAACGCGAGCUAACAGGAUUAGCUCUGUGGGAUUAACACAAAAUAAAGGUGUGCUGAUGGCCGUGAGGAGGAGCACCGGGUCGCGACACACCGGGGAGCUGUAAAGGAUGCUCCAGGGGCCGUACACCAGCCUGGACCGGGACCGUCCCCUCAUCCGGCUCCCUUUCACCAGCUUCGCCGUGGGGACGGUGCUGCUGCCUCUGACCGGCCUCAUCGCCUGCCUCUUCAUUUCACUGGUGUACCACUUUGAGGACGCAACGUUCACACACUGUCAUGUAUCAAACUACCUCCCGUCCAUUAGUGCCGCCAUCAGUCGUGUUCCAGAGCGCUACAUCUGGCGUAGCUGCAUCGGUCUGCACUCGGCGCCGCGCUACCUGGUGUCCGCAGCCUACUUCAGCUUCUACCGCGGCCGCUUUGCCAAGAGACUGCCGGAGCUGCUGCUGAGCGGGCUGGCUCUCCUCUGCAGCCUCGCCGAGAACACCGGCCUGCUGCUGCUCACAUACGUGGCGUCCACUGAAACCUACAAUGUUCACAAAAACGGUUUCAUCAUGUUCAUUGGGAGCUCGCUGGUGCACAUGCUCAUUACAUGCAGACUGUGGCAGGUGAUCAGGAGACACUAUGUGAACCCAGAGGAAAUGACAUCAUACCGCUGGAAGGUGCGUCUCUUCCUGUUUAACAUCAGCUGUUGUCUGGCUGCCGCUUACUUCUUCAGACGCCACAACAAGUACUGUGAGACAGGAGUCUACACCCUCUUCGCCUUCUUUGAGUACCUGGUGGUCUUCUCCAACAUGGCGUUCCACAUGACGGCGUUCUGGGACUUUGGGAGUAAAGAGGUGAUCGUGGCGACGCCUCCUGAAGACAAACGGUUCUGAGCCGCAGCCUCACCUGUGGACUGUUUAAAGAAAAGGUGAAAAGAAACCUGCCAACGAGACGCCAGGUCAAAGCUGCGUGUGAACACAUGAAGGCGUCCAACUGAUUACACUUCUCAUCAUUCCAACGACACGUCUGUGCUCUUACACCUGCUGAUGAAGCAGAGUCGUGACGGUGAUUAUGGUUCAAACAUAUUUAUAAAAAACUUCAGCGAUACCACAAAUUUCCUGAGCUCUGUGGAGGACGAAACAUGACUUAAGUAUCAAUCAAUAAAUAAAUACAGGAGUAAAUAAAUAAUUUAAUGACUAAAGAGAUAAAUAAAUGAAUAUAUAAAUAAAUGUAUAAAUACAAGAAUAAAUAAAUUAAUACAGAAAUAAAUAAUUAAAAAAUAAAUAAAUGCACUAAAAAUAUUAAAAAUUUAAAAUAGAUGUUAAAAUAUAUAUGGAAAUAAUUAGAUUAAUGCAUUAAUAAAUUAAAAUAAAAGUUGAUCAUGAAACAGGACAAAUUUAUAUAUUUUAAAUGUAUUUCUACAUGUUUGUACAGCUACUUUUAUUUAUUUAUAUAUUUCUGUGUCUGUAUGUUAAUAAGGUAGGAGGUCCUAAUCUCUGCAUUUAUUUCUUUAUUCCUUUAUAUAUAUUUAAGCAUUUAUUUAUUCUGUCAUUUAUUUAUUUAUUCUCAUUCAAUCCAUUUAUUUUUUGAUACUUAUGUUAUUUUCUGUCCUCCACAGAGUACAUUAGUCUACAAAAAACUUUUCAAACAUUAAGAAACGACUUCUUAAAAGCGUUUAUGUGUAAUGUUAUUAUUUUUAUUAUUAUCUAAUUAGUUGGCCGUGCUCGUCCUGAGAUGAGCCUUUAAAAUUACACGUAAUAAUAAAUUGCAGCAAAAGCUCUUAAUGCACGCUGAUGUUUCACUGCGCCUUCAUCAGAGCCGUCACAUCGGGGUUUUCUACUUCAAAUUUUACAGUGGUUUCUGCUAGUGGCAGCCAUGUUGCUAACUCUAGCUAAUGCUAACACUAGCAGUGUGUCUCAGAUCACAUACUUUUGUACUAAACACUUAAACACAGACUAAUAUUUUGAGUGCACAAGUGCGUCUACAGACUCUACACUGUAUAGUCCGGAGAAUGCAGUGUACUACUGGUGGUGUAAAAGUUGAUUGUGGAAUGAUGGACACCUCUCAUCCUCAACGGUCGCCAUCUUUGUGACGUAACAGACUUCUCAGUGUUUGACGUGGCGGCUGGAGACACCAAGGAGCUUGUUAGUUCUACCUGUUUUUGGCACUAAGCACCAAAACUGUUGUCAAAUAGAAGCCGUCAGUAAUGUUUGUUGGGUGAUGACACACAAUAAUGUGAGUGCCAACGUUAGCUUGCUAGCUAACAUUAGCAUUCACUAACUAGCUAACUUGCUUCUAGCUACGGCACAUUUUAAUCAGCCUUGACGUACUUUCGGUUUAUGUGUGGGCGGAGACAGCAGUCAAAUGUUGACGAUAAUGCUCCACCGUCUGUUUGCAAUUUAAAAAGAAGACGAAGAAGAAGAGGCGGUUGAAAAAAAAAAAGCCAUUGUCACUUCUGGGAAGUGCAAAACACUGGUGCACGGUUUGAGACAAUACCAUCCCGUUGAAAUGAGUGCACCACUCAAGAAGUUCGUAGUGAACAUAGUGUGCUACACUGAAGUGUACUAACACAAGUAUGAGUUUUGAGACACACAGUAGAAGCCAGGAAAAAACAUCUAUGACUCAUCGUCUGUUUGAUGAUCAGUGAUGCGGUGGCCUUUCUAAAACGAGCACUGGUGAAACUUUGUAUGUUCUGUUAUGAUCCAGGAGUUGAUGAUGAGUAAACAGAUGGGUCAAUAUUUAAAGACGCCACCAGGUAAAGUCAGGUUAUCUGUGUCCACGCUAAAGGUCUUUACACGGCGGGGACGUGAUGAAUAAACAACGUGAAAAUGUGAAACACUCGUCUCGUGACACACUCGUAAUGAAACUUUAAGAUAUCUACAGCGAUCUGAUCUGAGAUCAGUUAAAGCUGCUGAUGGCUGUUGUAUCGUGACUCCCGUGGCGUCUUCCACACUCCACACUCACUUCAGCACACCUGCAUUUAAUUAAAGAUUCCCCAGAUGCCAGGUCAGGUGGUGCGUUUAAGUGACUCAAAAAUAUUAGGAAGCUAGAACUUGCUAGACGAUAUAUAGCAUCAUCUCAUAUCGAUCUCAGGCCCCUAAAUAGCACUGAAUCUAAAUCGUAUCAUGGCAGCCUUUGUGAUAUCGGCAUAUAUCAUGAAUAGCAUUGUUGUCCAGAGAACUGAUAUAAUAUCAUGAUGACACUACUGAUUUACACCCCUUGAAUCUACUUGAUGCUUCACUCUGUGUGAAAGCUCAGAAAAAUCAACCUUGUUCCAAAGAAAUGAAGCUGCUUAUUUACCGCGUAAUAUUUGCGUUUUGUAUAGAAGUACUCGAGACAAAACCAUACUGAUCACACACAAAAACCUCGCCCCCAGUGUGUAAAGACCUUUACAAGUGGAGUUUGGAUGUUUGUCAGGGUGGAGGUAAAAACUUCAGUGUGAUAGUUUAGUAUCAGGCAGCAGCUGUUUCUCCUCCCGAGCUUCAGCGAGCGGCUCUGUUAAGAUGAAGCUGACGGCUGUAAACGCUGCUCAUGUGCUGCUGCUGUCACCGUGUUGCUCAUCAGCACCAAACCAGACUCACAUGUCGACGUCCUGACAGAACACACAGCUCUGUUCAUGCUGCGUUCAGGGUUACAACAAUAAAAGUCUGUGACCUCGUCAUCAGCAGCUCCGCGAGGACAGAGUGUUUAUAUUACUGAGUACUGGACGGCAAGCUGCGGCCAGUAUCAGCUGGUCCUGGAUCAGAUUAAUGGAGGUUAAUGUGUAAAAACUUUUAUUCCAGGCUGUUAAACAACACAAGGCACAACUAAGUCAGGCUGUAACCAAAAAUCAAAGGGUUUAUCUUUAACGGUGGCCUUUUAGGGACAUCUCAGACUCAUCUCAGUCACUGUCGUCACACUUUGAUACACUUUGCGUGUAUCAGCACAUGCUAACGUACAGAGUCAUGUCAAAGCUGUGCUGAUGUCUGAGUGUUUACGUUCAUAAUAAAAGACAAAAACUA